AUGCCCUGGGCCAAGGCCCAAGCCGCCCAGUUGCUGAAUUCAGUCAAGGAUCAGAUGGCGGAUGGAGAUAAUCCAUCGCGGUAUGUAAAGUUGAACAAAGAUCAAGCGCCUGUCGAGGUUAAUCCGGGAGAGCUCAAUCAGCCUAUUGAAGUCCCUCAGUUAAAUGUGCGCAAGUGCAAUGAAUGUGGACAACCAUUACCUGAGAGCUUUGAGCCUCCUGCUGUUGAGCAAUGGACAACUGGUAUAUUUGCUUGUGCAGAAGAUCCAGAAAGCUGUUGGACAGGACUUUUUUGUCCAUGUGUUCUUUUUGGGCGCAAUUAUGAAACCCUAAGAGAUGACUAUGGCUCUACAACAACUCCAUGUGUUCUUCAUGCAAUUUUCAUUGAAGGAGGUCUUGCACUUGCUGCAACAACAGCAGCAUUGCAUGGAGUUAUUGACCCUAGAACAUCAUUUCUCAUUUGUGAAGGGCUGCUGUUUAGUUGGUGGAUGUGUGGUAUAUACACUGGGAUUGUUCGACAAAUGUUGCAGAAGAAAUACCAUCUUAAGAAUUCACCAUGUGAUCCGUGUUUGGUGCAUUGUUGUAUGCAUUGGUGUGCGUUGUGUCAAGAACAUAGGGAGAUGAAGGGAAGGCUUUCUGAUAACUUUGUGAUGCCAAUGACUCUUGUUAAUGCUCCUCCUGUUCAGCAGAUGAAUUCUGCUGAUGAUAAUAAUCAAGAGUCAUCAUCAUCAUCAUCAGCUGUGAAUGGACAUGAACAUCAUACCAAUUUGGAGAUGCAACCUCUAUGAUAUCGGGCAUUAUAAGUAUGAAGUUGGUUUUGCUUCUACACAUAUGAUUAAAUAUGGUUAUUUUUAUGAUUUUAUGAUUUUUAUUUGAUAGGAGGGAGUAUAAGUAUGAACUUCAUUUUAGUUUUUACCCUUGGAUUGAUGGCUAGCAUCUUAUGUUUUUGGUUGGGGUUUAAUGACUAAAUUGUUCUUUUUUUUUUUUUACUUAAUGAGCUAAAUGUGGAC